AUGCACUCGCUGGAGCGCGACUUCGAUGGCGUUCGUAUAGCGUGGAGCAGCGACAUGGGCGGUCUGCCCGUUGACCGGCGCAUUGUGUCAGUCAUCGAGAGUCAGCGUGGCACAUUCGGGGAACUAGGCUGCGACUUAGACGAAGCGUGUCCCGAUUUCAGCGAUGCCAACGAGGUUUUUAUGGUGUCGCGAGCCGCCGGCAUGGCCGCUACUCGCGCGGAUAUGCUGAAUACGUACCGCGAUCAGAUUAAGGACACGGUGAUAUGGAAUAUUGAAGAGGGCUUAAAGCUCACUGCGGCCGAUGUGGGCAUCGCGGAGGUCAAGCGCGCCGCUCUCUACGAGAGAGUUCGCAAGUUUAUGGAGACCUAUGAGUUCAUGGUCUUCCCGGUCAGCCAGCAUCCUCCUUUCGAUGUAACUCAGCCGUACCUCACAGAGGUCAAUGGUGUGCAGAUGGAGACAUACAUCGACUGGAUGCGCUCCUGCUACUACAUAACCGCGACCGGGCAUCCCGCCAUCUCGGUGCCGUGCGGCUUCACCGAUGAUGGCUUACCCGUGGGCGUGCAGAUAGUCGGGCGGCAUCAGAGUGAGUUCAGCGUGCUGCAAUUGGCUUAUGCCUUCCAGCAGGCGACAGGCUUCUGGAAAAGCAGAGGCCUGCCGUUGCUCUGUAGAGAGUACUACCUGCUUACAGCCAUCUGA